GUCUCGUUAAUAAUAACUGAAGCCUAGAGAGUAAAUCUAGUCAUGGAGAUGAGAUCAACAAGAAUUUCAGAGCUAAAGCAGAACCAUGAACUGAGCAUUAUGUGGAGGUUGCUUAAUGCCAUUGACUCCUGCCAAGAUCAAACCUGCGGCAAGCUGAUUUCAAACGGGAGGCCCUCGAGCAAGCAAAUUACCGCUCGUCCAAGAAAGAUUGACCAGCUCACGAGCUUUGAUGAAGAAUGCCGAAGAAUUCAAAAUCAGAAUGAAGUAGAAUUGGGAAAUGUCAAGGCUGAUGAUGAAUAUAUGCCCUCUGAGACAUACGAGGCAAUAUAUCAGAUAAUCGAACAGCACCAAUGUGAAAAAAUCGAUCAUCAACUUAUCGACCUUCUCUUGAAGGCUCAGAAUAGAGCAAAAGAGAAGAGCCAUAAAGCGCACCACUUAUCUUCGUGUUAUUUAAGUGAUGCGGCUAACUUAUUCCAUCAGCUGCUUCCAACUUCAUCUAAUAUAUCUCUAGACAAUGUUACGUUAGCUGCAAUUUUAAGGACGGUCUGUGUUCAUAAUCAGCAGGAAGAGAGUAUUCACACAAGCGCAAAAGCUUUUGUUGAUCGGAUGUUUAUUCACAGAAAGCUCAUCUCGAAAGGCAUGGUUUAUCCUCGGUCCAAGUCCUCGUCUAAUGAAUUUGGAAUUCCGGAUUCAGAUAAGGACCUGUUUGGGGGGCUCUUUCUGGAAACAGAAUCUCUCUUACAAAGGCCCUUCAAGAAUUCUAAAUAUCCUCGAAUAGAAAAACAAACACUUAAGUCUGUCUUGGAUGGAAAAGAACUCGAGGGCCUCGACUCGACUAGUAGUUCAGAAAAUCCCGGAAGUGUAUUUAUCGCUAGAAAUGGGAAAAUGGGCACGAAUUCACAGUCAAAGUCCACGAAAACAAAUUUUGUAGAACAGCCUUCGGACAGAAUAGUGAUACUAAAGCCAGCGCCUCAAAAAUCAGCAAAACAAUCGGAAAAUGUGAACUGCCAUUGCUCAUCAUUGCAGGCUCAUAAAAAGUUCGGUAAUUUUCCGGAUGCGAAACCGAAAUCUUUCUCUUUUAAAGAAAUGAAGAGGAAGUUGAAGCUUACGUUUGGUGGGACUAAAAAAGAAUCGAGCAAGUUUCCGAAUUUCGGGUCAAAAAGAAACUUGGAGUUUCCUAGUGAGGGGACUCUGCCUGGCCAACAAGGAUUUGAUGUAAUUUUGGAGGCAAAGAGGCACCUUUCUGCAAGAUUCAAGAAUGUAAAUGCUACGAAGACUUUGAUGGACAAAAAAUCCCCAAAAACCCUGGGCCGGAUUCUGGCGUCGCCCGAGAGGGACUUUCGGGCCAUUGGCCCAAGAAGGGGCAGCCCAUAUGGUUCUGAUUUUGACCAGAUGAUCAUCAGUCCUUACAAUGGUUCAGCCAGAGUUGGUGAAAUCAUUUCAGAAAUGCCAAAGGCUAAUCAAGGGGUUUGUUUAAGCCCAUCAAGGCAUAACUCGGAGGUUACAUCAUGUGAUUUUGUUUUCGAAAACCGUAUCCUACAAAUAAUGGAUACAAAAACUGGUUUAUCUCCAACUCCAAGCACUGAUGAAGAAGCACACGAUGACAACAGCUCUUCUAUUGAUGAUAUCAAGUCUAACGGUGUAUCCCAAUUGCAUACUUCAGAGGUGCCUACUGAUACAAACAGCUAUGACAUUCAAAAAUUGCAGUUAACAGACGCAACAGAAUUACAAAAGGCUGAUGAAACUGGUUCAAUAUCAGAGAACGAGGUGUCCACAUCAACAAUCGAUGGGUUACCAUCGAUACCAUCAAACAUCAACCAGUUAGACUCAGCCAACACCAUCAAACACCAAGGUGAACAUCAGAGCCCGGUUUCAGUACUCGACCCGUUUUUCACAGAAGACGCUAACAGUCCCCCAAGCGCCACACUUGAAUCUGGGCAAUUUUUAGGACAUCAAUUCAAACCACGUCGUCUAGACUUUGACCCACCAAAUUCAUGCAUGCAAGAACAAGAUCACCUCUCCCAGUACGUUCAUUCGGUACUAGAAGCUUCUUGUUUAGACUGGGAUCAAUUAUCCGAAAUCGCAUCCACACAUGAAGAGAUACUCGAUUCAUUCUUAUUUUAUGAAGUGGAGUUUUCCCCUGUCGACGGUUAUUUUGACCCGAAACUUCUUUUUGACCGCAUAAAUGAAAUAUUAGUAGACAUAUACGAAUUUCAUUUUUGCUCUCCUCCUUGGCCAUCGUUCGUGAAGCCGAAAAUCAAACCCGGGCCACUGGCAGAGCUUGUUCUUGAUGAGGUCAUGAAAGGAGCUGAUUUUUUUCUGCUUCCGAGGACUGAGAGAAGGACAUUGGACCAGCUUGUCUCGAAAGAUGUGGCGAAAUGUGGAUCAUGGAUCGACAUUCGGGUUGAUACUGAAGAGCUCGUGAACGAGAUUUCUGAAGAGUAUGUGGAGGAAUGCAUGCUGGAUGUUCUGCUGGAGUUUUAUACUUAGGAGUGUUUGUUCAUAAUGUUUGUAGUUUCAAAUUUUGUUUUGCCUUUAGGGGUUGUAUGUGAAUUUGACAGUUUUAGUUCUCCAAUCUACAUGGUUUGAAAUAAUGAAUAAAAUAUGGUGGUAUAUUCUACCUAAAAGACUUUUAUAGUAAUCGUUUAGGUGUUUUUUGGUAUUAUGUGCAUCUAUGUGCCCCUUACAUUCAUAUAAGUUUGAGUGCAAAUAGAUUUUAGGUGGUUUAUUGGUUUUAUGUGUAUGUAUGUGUCCCUUACAUUCAUGUAAGUUUAAGGUGUUGGAGUGCAA